CCAGCCAUCGAGGAGAUGAAAGGUCCCGUUGGGCUGGACGAGAGCGGAGUUAGCCUCUUCAAAACACCUGAUAUUAAGCGCCCCAUAAAAUAGGUUAUUACAACAUUAAUAUAGAGUAGCAUACAAAGUGAACAUAACACACUGCAUGCAUGUGUAUUUACAGAGGCUAUCGAUGAGAUGUGGGCAGGCCAGCUGGAGUGCAUCCAGGAUCCACCAGGCAUGAACAUGUAUAGGGUGGCGCGUAGCACAACUAUCAAUAAUGUGGACGUGCCCCAUUACAAAUGUCUGCGUGGAAGCAACAGCCUGGAAGGAUUCCACAAAUCGCUGCCACACAUGAUUCCAGGGCCCCAUUGUGCAGCACGGCCCUAUCAGGUUUACCUGAUGAGUGGCAUUGCUCGGUGGAAUUCGGACAGGAGUUUGGACGCCGUGUUUGGUGGCAAAGGACAGAAUCACAGGAAAUACUCUGCGCCGCUCAUUCACCGCCUCAACACCCGCUGUCAGCAGCUGUUUGGCGAGACUGGAGGAGAAUUUCCGGGCCCCCGCCAAUGUUGCUUCCAACGAGUUGCUUGGGUUGGAAUAUUUAUUCAGCCAACGCACGGGUGUAUCCGAACCCUUUUCCCUGGUGGACAUCAUCAAUGAUGGACCUGGUCCAGAGGAGGAGGUGGUUCAGCACGGGCAGCCCGAUCCAGAGGCUGACGAGGCGUACCAGAGCGACGGGGAGGCUGGUGGCAACGUGUUGGAUGCCAUCCUGCCCCACAUUAAUCUCACCAGCGACGAAACUGCAACUCUUCACCCUCCAGCCUCUGGUACAAACCAAAGACCAAGUCACAGCAUAUGCAGCGAGAGCGAACUGGUCCAAAACCGGGCUUUUUAAAGAGCCCAGCCAGCUGCGACCACUGACGAGGGGGUAGAGCGCCGGGUCGCAAUCCUACCUGGAAAACACACACACACA